AUGGAAGUCGUUGCUAGAUUUGUUGCUGACUUACGCAAGAAGAACAUUUUAUCCAGCAACCUCAGUGUAGCCAGUACUGCUGCUAUUGGGGUUCUUAUUCUGCUGGCUCUCAGGUAUCCUGACCGUGCCAUCUUUACUGAACAUCGGGAAGGUGUACCCCAUGAUAAAGGACUUCCCCUUGUUGGUCAGUUAUUCAGUUUACUUAAGAACAAGUAUCGAAUUCAUGACUUCCAAGCCGAAAAAUUUGUAAAGACUAUGUCUGUCUUGGGCCUUCCUCGUGGCGUUAUGACUAUUGAUCCACGUAAUGUUGAACAUGUUUUGAAGACCAAUUUUGAAAACUAUGUAAAGAGCAAUUGGUUUAAUUACUGUACUGAACAUCUCUUGGGUCACGGUAUCUUCAAUGCCAACGGAGCACAAUGGAGGUGGCAGCGCAAAGCAGCAAGUCUAAUCUUUAACGUCAAGAAUUUCCGAGACCAAUUCACAGAAACCUUUAGUGUGUUUAUAGAUGAAAUUGAGAUUUUAUGCAGUGAAACACUCGAUAAGGCUGUAGUGUCUGGAGAUGCUGUGGACAUCCACGACCACAUGUUCCGCUUUACUCUGGAUUCUUUUGUCUACCUUGGUUUUGGCGUUCAGCUGAAUGCACUAAAGACAAAGGGAGAAGUGACCUUUGCUGCAUCAUUCGACGCUUGCCAACUGUACUCGUUUGAGAAGUUCAUGAACCCUUUAAUUGAGUUUACCAGUGUAAUCGAUAGAAUUCUACACCCUAGAAAGAAAACUAUGAAGCAGCACAUCGCAACUGUUGAUCAGUUUGCCGCAGAUGUGAUCUCCAAGCGUCGUACAGAACUUGCAAACGGUGAAGUACACACCGACUUAUUGUCCCGUUUUAUGAGUGCUAAGAAUGAGAACGACGAGCCUUUGAAUGACAAAGAAUUGCGGGAUGUUGUAUUGAACUUUAUUAUUGCUGGUCGCGAUACCACUGCCCAAGCUCUGUCGUGGACUUUUUACUGCUUAGCCAAUGCACCAGAGGUUGAAGAAAAGCUUUUUAAAGAAAUCAAAGAUUACAUUAAAGACGAAAAGAAGAUGGAUUCAACCGAGCUUUAUGAGACUAUUAAGAAUAUGACUUAUUCUCAUGCAGUAUUCUAUGAAGUUCUCCGCUUGUAUCCUUCAGUUCCCAAUAACCAAAAAUAUGCUAUUAAUGAUGAUGUACUUCCUGAUGGUACAAAGAUUCGAAAAGGUGAUACUGUGUCCUGGUCACCUUACGGAACCGCUCGAAGCAAAAAUGUCUGGGGUCUUGAUGCAGCUAGCUUUAAUCCUGAGAGAUGGAUUACUCCUGAAGGUGAUCUUCGCCGUGAAUCACAAGGCAAAUGGUCAGUCUUCCAUGGUGGUCCAAGAGUCUGUCUUGGACAAAACCUUGCUACUUUGGAAGCAUUAGUUGCGAUUAUUUUCUUAGUUAAGAGAUAUAAGUUUACCAUGCUUCCUAACCAGAACAUUACCUAUGAGACUUCAUUAACCCAUCCUAUGAAGAAUGGUUUGAAAGUCAAGGUUGAGAAGCGUGCUUAG